AUGGACCCGGGUGUCUGGUUACCAGAAGAGAAGAGAAGAAGAGAUGAGAAAAGAAGAGAAGAGAAAAAGUUUGGUCCCAAUCAAUGAACAGGCAGGAGAACUAACACUUUCUGCACUAAAAGAUAAAGAGGUAGAAGAAGUCAGAAACUGGAGCAGUAUAAAACCACAAAUAGGCUAGUGAUGUGUGUGUGUGUCUCUGUGUGUGUGUGUGUGUGUGUGUGUGUGUGUGUGUGUGUGUGUGUGUGUGUGUGUGUGUGUGUGUGUGUGUGUGUGUGUGUGUGUGUGUGUGUGUGUGUGUGUGUGUGUGUGUGUGUGUGUGUGUGUGUGUGUGUGUGUUGUUGGCGUCGCAUAGAUAUGACAUCGGUAAGAAGUACCCAGUUAGAAUGUUUGUGUUUUUUAUGCCGAGAAACUCGAGAACAAACUCGUGAAAAUAAUGAGUUCCAACAGGGAAAAGUCGUUUUGAACGGUCAUCCAACUCGGAAACUCUGGCAACAUUCUAGAGCUCCGACUUUCCGACCUGAAGAUCACUAAAGUCAUUAUUUGACCUAAUUUUUUCCGAGUUCCCAGUUGUCAUGUUUUUCUUUCAAAAUAGAUGCAAGAGUUUCCAACUUGGGUUGGAUGGAUGACCGCUCAAAACAAUUGUUCUCUUUUUUUACGAGUUCCCAGUUGUCUUGAACGGACUGAAGUCGGAGAUUUCUGAGUUCCCAGAUGUUUUUAACGCGGCAUGAGAUUCAACAUGGCGGCCUGAAAGAUGGCGGAAGCUGUUGUGGAUUUUGAAUCUAAUGGCGGCAAAAUAAAGGAGAAUUUGAGUAUUGUCCAAAAAAAAAAAAAAUGGAGCAAAGUCGUGUUCAGUGCUGAGAAUGUCCCUUCGUAUCUUGUACGGUUUGUUAAGGAGGAGCAGCUGAUCGGAUUAUCAAUCUUGAAGAAUCCAUUUGAGAUAUCCAAACUGGUGGAGAGAGUGCUGGGUAAAGUGAGGGCUGUGAGGAUCACCAAAGGCGGGCUUGUUUAGAUUUUUUGUACUUCUGAGGACCAGAACGAACGUGUGUUGCGUCUCACCCGAUUUCAGAAGUUUGACGUGUGGUCUGUGUCUCUUCGGAACAGGGCACCCCUCAAGAUGGCUAAAGUCAGGGCUGUCCAGAGCAUUUCAUAUGCAACGGCUGUUAAAAGGGUUGAAGGUUCGAAUGGUACUCCUGAAGAGUCCAUGGUGGUGGAUAGGCCUUCACUGCAGGCUGCAGGGGUUGCCUUUCACCAGCAGAACUCUGAUAUUUUAAAGGUUAACAAGGUGGACUUUGUGGCGUUUAUACAGUUGAAAUCGGAAGUUUACAUACACUUAGGUUGGAGUCAUUAAAACAAUUUUUUCAACCACUCCACAAAUUUCUUGUUAACAAACUAUAGUUUUGGCAAGUCAGUUAGGACAUCUACUUUGUGCAUGACACAAGUAAUUUUUCCAACAAUUGUUUACAGACAGAUUAUUUCACUUAUAAAUCACUGAAUCACAAUUCCAGUGGGUCAGAAGUUUACAUACACUAAGUUGACUGUGCCUUUAAACAGCUUGGAAAAUUCCAGAAAAUUAUGUCAUGGCUUUAGAAACUUCUGAUAGGCUAAUUGACAUCAUUUGAGUCAAUUGGAGGUGUACCUGUGGAUGUAUUUCAAGGCCUACCUUCAAACUCAGUGCCUCUUUGCUUGACAUCAUGGGAAAAUAAAAAGAAAUCAGCCAAGACCUCAGAAGAAGAGUUGUAGACCUCCACAAGUCUGGUUCAUCUGUACAAACAAUAGUACGCAAGUAUAAACACCAGGGGCCCACGCAGCCGUCAUACCGCUCAGGAAGGAGACGCGUUCUGUCUCCUAGAGAUGAACGUACUUUGGUGCGAAAAGUGUGAAUCAAUCCCAGAACAACAGCAAAGGACCUUGUGAAGAUGCUGGAGGAAACAGGUACAAAUGAUCUAUAUCCACAGUAAAACAAGUCCUAUAUCGACAUAACCUGAAAGGCCGCUCAGCAAGGAAGAAGCCACUUCUCCAAAACCGCCAUAAAAAAGCCAGACUACGGUUUGCAACUGCACAUGGGGACAAAGAUCGUACUUUUUGGAGAAAUGUCCUCUGGUCUGAUUAAACAAAAAUAGAACUGUUUGGCCAUAAUGACCAUCGUUAUGUUUGGAGGAAAAAGGGGGGCUUGCAAGCCGACGAACACCAUCCCAACCGUGAAGGACGGGGGUGGCAGCAUCAUGCUGUGGGGGUGCUUUGCUGCAGGAAGGACUGGUGUCCUUCACAAAAUAGAUGGCAUCAUGAGGAAGGAAAAUUGUGUGGAUAUAUUGAAGCAACAUCUCAAGACAUCAGUCAGGAAGUUAAAGCUUGGUCGCAAAUGGGUCUUCUUAAUGGACAAUGACCCCAAUCAUACUUCCAAAAUUGUGGCAAAAUGGCUUAAGGACAACAAAGUCAAUGUAUUGGAGUGGCCAUCACAAAGCCCUGACCUCAAUCCUAUGGAAAAUGUGUGGGCAGAACUGAAAAAGUGUGUGCAAGCAAGGAGGCCUACAAACCUGACUCAGUUACACCAGCUCUGUCAGGAGGAAUGGGCCAAAAUUCACCCAAUUUAUUGUGGGAAGCUUGUGGAAGGCUACCCGGAACAUUUGACCCAAGUUAAACAAUUUAAAGGCAAUGCUACCAAAUACUAAUUGAGUGUAUGUAAACUUCUGACCCACUGGGAAUGUGAUGAAAUAAAUAAAAGCUGAAAUAAAUUAUUCCCCUUACUAUUAUUCUGACAUUUCACAUUCUUAAAAUAAAGUGGUGAUCCUAACUUACCUAAAACAGGGACUUUUUACUAGGAUUAAAUGUCAGGAAUUGUGAAAAGCUGAGUUUAAAUGUAUUUGACUAAGGUGUAUGUAAACUUCCGACUUCAACUGUAGCUAUGGUGAUUAAUGGCACUGCCAAGGUGGAGAAGAGGUCCAGGAAAAUAGAUAUCAUUGUGGAUACGGCGGAGCGGUUCCUGGGACUGAAAGGAAAAGAAUUUCAGCGGUGGAGUUGCAUGGAGUAUUGUCACAAGCCAUACUGCACCACCCUCUUAGGCCCUAGAACCUGAGAAGAGAGAUAUGGAGAUUUGAAGGAAGAAGUGGGAGUUUUGUUUUGUUUUUGUCAACAUACUAUUUUUAUCAGUGGUGUCAAGUACCACUUAAGUCAUUUUUUGGGGGGUCUGUACUUUACUUUAGUAUUUAUAUUUUUUAACAACUUUUUAUUCACUACAUUCCUAAAGAAAAUAAUGUACUUUUUACUCCUACCUUUUCCCUGACACCCAAAAGUACUUGUUACAUUUUGAAUGCUUAGCAGGACAGGGAAAUGGUCCAAUUCAUGCACUUAUCAAGGGACCAUCCCUGGUCUACCCUACUGCCUCUGAUCUGGCAGACUCACGAAACACAAAUGCUUCGUUUGUAAAUUAUGUCUGUGUUGGAGUGUGCCCCUGGCUAUCCGUAAAAUGUUUUAUCAAAAAAGACAAUUGUGCCGUCUGGUUUGCUUAAUAUAAGUAAUUUGAAAUUAUUUAUACUUUUACUUUUGAUACUUAACUAUUUUCAAACCAAAUACAUGUUUUUUUACUGGGUGACUUUCACUUUUACUUGAGUCAUUUUCUAUUAAGGUAAAUUUACUUUUACUCAAGUAUGACAAUUGUGUACUUUUUCCACCACAUAUUUUAAUUUGUUUUGAUUCAGUUAGUUUUCCCAAUCGCGUAUGGAUUUUCUUUUUACCUUGUUUUUUCAACCCGUCCAGUUGGUGGCGGAAAUACACCUUGUUGGGUUGUAGUCCGCCAUAAAACCCACAGAAGAAGAAGAAGAAGAAAAAUAUCAUGGCGGCCUCCAUUAGGUUGCUCGCGCGGAGAAUAGUUCGUGACGCUUCUCGAAAUAUCAACAGCAGCGUGUCUGGUCGAAUAGUCAGGUCGAGUUGCCCUUCAAAUCUUUCAGCUUGUCGAUGUUUCAGCGAUGGUGCCACGGACAAAAGUACACAUUUCGGCUUCGAGACUGUGCCCGAAGGAGAGAAGGCAGAGAGAGGUAGAUAGCUACGUUAAUGGUGCUCGGAUAUUUAUUAAUUGAUACGCCUAGCUUGUUGGUUCAGUUGGCCAUUAAUGCCCGACCUUGGAUUUUAUGUUCAUUGCAAAUGUAUCUCAAAGUCUGUAGAGGCAAACCAUUUUACCUCUUUAAUUUAGUUAACGUUAUCUAACUUGAAAAUCGAUUGUUAACCUUGCCCUAGAACGAUCAGCGUGUGUAGUCUAAGUUUUGCAACGGUUAGCCGUGCAUGCGCCAAUGCUGGUGUAAUAUGGGGUGUAUCUCGGCUUCUAAAGUAGCUUCCUAUCCUCGUCUUGUCCAUGUCUAAUGUCUCCUUCAUCUGUAAUGGGGUACUGCUAAUUCAAGAAAAUCACAGUGAAACACACAUGUCUGAUGACAGUAUUGUACCCAAAAUGAUCCAUUCCCUGUCCCUGAUAUCGACUCGCUUCCUUCAAAACGUUAACCCAGAGAUUUUUAUAGUUAUGAAUAGGUCUCCCCUGUUCAUCUGUGGUCAACCCUUCACCUUUGCCUGUAUGUGCAUCUCCAGUUUACAAGGUGUUUGAGAGUGUGGCCCAGAAGUAUGAUGUGAUGAAUGAUGCUAUGAGUCUGGGGGUCCACCGGCUCUGGAAGGACAUGCUACUCCACGUUAUGAACCCCCAGCCAGGCAUGCGCCUACUGGACGUAGCUGGAGGAACAGGUAGGCUUCCUAUUCAGUGAUCAUAACAGUAGUCCUUAUGUAGCACAGGUGAUUUUGAAUCAAGCUCUCGUGUUGAGCUAGCCCUGCCUGAGACUUGUGUUGUUCACAUCCCACCUGUUACACACACUUGUACCUCCAUUUUUCUCUGUCAAUUCAAAUACAUCACUUCAACUGUGCACCUCCAGGUGACAUCUCCUUCAGAUUCCUGGACUAUGUGAGGUCUCAGCAGGAGCGUGUUGCACGGCGGACUGCCCGGGCCAACCAGACCCCCUCAUGGCAGGAGAUAUCAACCAGCUACACGCCCCCCACAGAGGGAAUAGAGAUGGAGACAGAGGCCAGAGAGUCCAGGGCUGUCGUCUGUGACAUCAACAAGGAGAUGCUAAAAGUGGGCAAACAGAAAGCAGAGAGCAUAGGCAUCAGUAGUGGUAGGGUGAUUUAAUAUCAAGUUUUUAUUGAAUUACUAUGUUAUAUUUGAUAUUAUCUGGUGUAUCACCUCAUCUAUUGAUUAGUCAAUCUACUAUCUUUAUUAUUUAUAUGCAUACAGUAUUACCCUCCAUUUACUAUCUUCCUGUAGUACACCAUUUUACCCUCAUUAGACUUGUAUGUGGACUGUGCUUUCAGUAAGUACUCAUGAUUUCUGUUGGCUUGACUGAGUAUACGAUGUGAUAUAACUCUGUAUGUUUUUCUCACCUGUGUGUCACAGGCCUGUCCUGGGUGGUAGGAGAUGCAGAGGAGCUGCCUUUCGAUGAUGACCAGUUUGAUGUGUACACCAUCGCUUUCGGCAUCCGUAAUGUCACCCACAUAGACCUGGUAAUCUCCUUCUCAAUCCACUUAAUCACAGUGUAGGACAUUGUGAAGCCCCCUGCAAAGGCUGGCUGCCUUUUUUUUCUUUCGUAGGUACUCCUGGCAAGCAAGGAAAUAAACAUUUGUCUUUAAUCUUGCAUUAAUUGUACACCAGAAAUCGAACUUGAUAAUGUAGCCAAAUAGAAUACUCUUCUACGGGCCAAUGCUUACCAACAAUUAUAAAAUAAAAUGUUUUUCCUCUGUCUUAUUUCCAGGCCCUACAGGAGGCUGUACGGGUGCUGAAGCCAGGGGGAAGGUUCAUGUGUCUGGAGUUCAGUAAAGUCACCAACCCCCUGCUGUCCAGGCUCUACGAUGCCUACAGUUUCCAGAUGAUCCCAGUGCUGGGGGAGGUGAUCGCUGGUGACUGGAAGUCCUAUCAGUACCUGGUGGAGAGCAUCCGGAAGUUUCCAGACCAGGUAAGAAUGAAUGAUUCAAUCAUCCUUCUGUACCUAUUCCGUCUGGCCCUUUGGUGGCCAGAAUUAUGCCAAAUAGAUUUCUCUGAAACCAUCUUAUUCUUCAAAUACUGCCCGAAUAAAUUACAUCAGUUCCUGUUGUUUAUAAUUCAAUUGGAUAUUGUGUACGUUUGUAUACCUAAGUUUUGCUGUAUGUUUUUACUGAACUGUUUCGCUCUCCCUCUACAGGAGACGUUCAAACGAAUGAUUGAGGAGGCAGGGUUCUUUUCCGUCCGCUACCACAACCUGACAGGAGGAGUGGUGGCCCUCCACUCUGGAUUCAAGCUGUGA